AUGUCCGGCCUCCCAGAAAUUGUUCCGAACUUCCAAGCUUCUCUACCAAAGAAUAAAACCCGCUUGAUUGACAUCAUAAUUCAGCUAGCAUGGAUGAGCACCAUCAGGCUGUGGGAGCAGAAGCAUUUCAUAAGUUUGAAAGCUUUGAACUUUGCCAAUGCCGCUUGUCAAAUGGGAAGCUCUGUUGCGAUUAUUUCUUCUGCUUACCGACUUCGAGAAUGUCUGGCUCAAAUUCUUUACCUCUAUCAGGAGAACACUGCUGACCUUUUUCCAAAAAAAAUUGCGCACAUUUCUCAUGAAUCAAUUAUGGAAUUUCGUGCACCAGAACGAUGCACAAGGCAUGGCCAAUUCCGAUACCCCGCAGUGCAACAAAUAAUACAAUACAUAUAUGAUCUCACUGAUGAAAUGGGUGAGCAUAUUGAUGGCAUAACUUCAUCUCUCUGCAUGUUCAUUGAUGUUGGUGUUCCAAUUAUUUGUUUUCUUACCAGCUGGAACACAACACUGUCUCUGAUGCUGUCAACUCUAUGUGGUUUGCAUCAAUGGUCUUUAGCAUUGCAGCAGCUGUUAAUAGCCUCCUGGGGCUCACAUGGAAACAAGCAAUGUAUCCUUCAUAACAGCUACUCUCACAACUGUGCUUACUACCAUUACCUCAUUCAGCCUCACAGCUGUCUCUGCAUGAAAUGGCUCAGUGAUGUGCUUAUUGAGAGCAUAGAACAGUUUGUGCAGACCCCAGUGGUGGGCUGGAUUCAAAUGGUCAUUAAAUUUCUGAGUCACAACAUUGAGAAGAUCUGGGCAGUGCUCUUGUCACUCUACAAAUGGCUCAGGAACAUUUGCUCCUUGAGCAAAUUAGACAAUGAAGGCAACAAUUUGGAAGCUAAUGGUGUGCCUACUACUAGCAACAGCAGCCCUAAUCAUCUUCCCUCCCACUUGGAGCCAUCAAACCCUAACUUAGGAUGUCUAGCAUUUCUGACAACAUCUUCUGGUCAUCCUGGACCUUAUGACAGGAAGAAGGCCAUCAUUGAGCCUGUCACUGUUCUCAAAUCCUGUAUAUCAACAUUGGCACCAAAGCUUGCAGCUCUAGAAGCUACUCAAGAUUUAGCUGCACACAACACACUUGUGCAUCACCUAGAGUUCUCUCCUGAUGGGACAUUCUUAGCCUCCUCAAGGUGA